AUGUUUAAAUUUAUCAAACAAUGUCCGAAGUUUCGGUUAGAAAAUUUAGCCCAAGUACCAGAAACCAAUCAUGCGAUCAUCACCAACAAUUAUACGGCCAACCAACCGCACAAACGCAUCCUCACCUAUUAAAACCCGGUGAAUUGGUACCUGGAAUAAAAUUAGAUGAGUUUAAAACCCGUCGGACAAAAUUAGCAGAUUACAUUAUAAAAAAUUUCUCACCAAAAGAUGCAAACUCUCACAUUGUAAUAAUCCCAUCCGCGAGCAAAGUCUACAUGUCUGAUAAAAUUCCGUAUGUCUUUCGUCAAAAUUCAGAUUUUCUGUACUUCACUGGCUGUCAGGAGCCGGACAGCGUCUUGGUGAUGACAAUUGACAGCGAUAAGGUGUUAUGUACAUUAUUCGUACAAAAAAAAGAUCCCAAAUCUGAGCUAUGGGAUGGACCGGUAACUGGAACUGAGGCAGCUGCUGAAAUGUUCGGAGUUGACCAGUCACUCCCGGUUUCCGACUUUGACUCCUACUUAAAUUCGCUGGUUAAUAAGUACCGGUCCAGUGCAUCAAUCUGGUACGACAAUCAUGACAUUAUUCACAAGGAAUUUCAUAAAAAAAUAUCUACGUUGGGAAUACUAGCCAGUACGGAUCGAUGUCGGUUGGCCCCGACGUCGAUAAAGGAUAUUUUUCAUCAAAUUCGCUUGAUCAAAUCACCAGCUGAGAUUGAGUUGAUGCAGAAGAGCUGCGAUAUCGCCUCGGAAGCUAUUGCCAAAACAAUAAAAGUUACCAAGGCUGGUAUGACAGAGCAUCAAUUAUUUGCGACGGUGGAUUACGAGUGUCGGAUGAAUGGAGCCGAAUUUUUGGCAUAUCCUCCAGUUGUUGCUGGAGGUAGAAAUGCUAAUACCAUUCAUUACAUUACAAAUAAUCAAAUUCUAAACGAUGGAGAUAUGGUCUUGAUGGAUGCUGGAUGUGAGUACCAUGGAUAUUCGUCAGACAUAACAAGAACAUGGCCUAUUAGCGGUAGCUUCAGUCCUCAACAGAAAAUUUUAUAUGAGAUAGUUCUCGAAGUACAAAAAUUACUCAUCAAUAAAUUGAAAAACCUUCCUACCUUGGAUGAUUUAUUUUAUGACAUGGGCAACUUGUUGGGUAAAAGAUUGCAAGAGAUUGGCUUGAUACCUAAAAAUUUUUCGCAUGAUAGAUUAGCUGCCACUGCUUUUACUUAUUGCCCGCAUCAUGUGAGUCAUUAUCUGGGAAUGGAUGUUCAUGAUACAGGGAAAAUUUCACGGAGUAUUAGAACGCAACCUGGAAUGAUUGUCACCGUUGAACCAGGUAUCUACGUUAAUCCAAAAAAUAAACUAGCUCCGCGAGAAUUUCAUAAUCUAGGAAUCCGUAUUGAAGAUGACGUAUUGGUUAAAGACGGAGAGCCACUUGUUCUUACACGAAACUGCCCUAAAGAGAUAUCAGAUAUCGAAUCGUUAGCAAAGUGCAAUGACUCGUAA